GCAGCGCGGAGCGUAGAAGAAGAGACGAGGAGGCGGAGAACCACGUUUGUCGGUGGGUGUUAGUAGCAGCAGCAGUAGAAGUAGCAGCUGGUUAUACUUCCCAUCGCAGUUUGUUAGCAUUUUAGUUACAGAACAAUGAACGGCCUUGACGAAGAAUCCAUGGGCCCGCAGACCUUUCUCUACGGUUGUGUGCUGGAAGCUGGGAAGGAGGUGGUUUUCAACCCUGAGGAUGACGACUUUGAGCAUCAGCUAGAUCUCAGGAUGGCCUGUGUGGACCCCAGCACAAAGGAUCAACUUCACAUGGUAGAGGUGGAGGGACAGGACACCGAGGGCCAGAAAAUCAAGGCAGUCCUGGUUUCACUCAAGCCUUCUUCCCUUCCUAGUGUUUGUCUUGGUGGUUUUACAAUCACACCCCCAGCGGUUUUCCGCCUGAAGUCAGGUUCUGGUCCCAUCCACAUUAGUGGACAACAUCUUGUUAUGAUGGAUGCAGAUCAGUCUUUUGAUGAAGAUGAUGACGAAGAUGAAGAGGAGGAGGAAAAUGUUAAAACCUCAAAGAAGAGACCUGCUUCUUCACCUGCCCUUAAGUCUCAGAAAAAAAUGAAAAUGGACGAUGAUGAUGAUGACGACGACGAUGAUGAUGAAGAGGAGGAUGAUGAGGAUGAUGAUGAUGACGAAGAGGAGGAGAGCGAGGAGGACGAAACACCUGUUAAGGCAAAGCCAACACCCUCCAAGAAACAAGGCCAGCAAACACCCUCAAAGCAGCAAGGCCAGCAAACGCCAUCCAAGAAACAGGCCCAGCAAACGCCCUCCAAACAGACUCCAGCACAGAAUGGGAAGAGCUCUAAGCCUGGUACUCCAGCUGCAAAUCAGGAUAAGUCCCCAAAGGCGAAGGGUAACAAGGCAACUAAAACCCCACCCACUCCCAAGGGAAACCUAACAAUUCCUGAGAUUAAAGAAAAGAUGAUGGAAGCCGUGAAGAAGGGAGUGUCGUUACCUAAAGUCCAGCCCAAGUUUGAGAACUUUGUGAAACACGGCUACCGUGUGUCAGACGCUAAGGUUGUUGAAGAGCUGUGGAAGUGGAGACUGAGCGUGAAGGAUGCUAAAUAAAUCUGUUAAUGUUAGUUUUAUUCUUUUUAUGACUCAUUUAUGUCCAUAGCGCCUCUCAGCAGAACUCAGUGCCUCACGGUUUAUUCAAUUAAUAGCAAUCUAACUUCUGCCCUCCUGUAUACAGAGAUUGAAAAGUCAGUGAUGUUGGUGGUGAACUGUAUUGUAGCAAUUCUUCCUCCCCUGUCGCUCCUCAUUGCUGCAGAGUAUUUUCAUCAAUCAAUCCAAACUUACCGCUUUGUAUCUUUUUAUAGGCCACUAAAUCCCUGGUAGUUGGCAUCAUAGUGUGGAAAAUGUAUAUAUUUUUGAAAUAUAUAUUCAACAGUAAAAUCAGUGAAUUCAAAAUAUUUUAACAUUUUACCGUCCAGAAAAGAACAUUAGUAUUAAGCCAUAACAUCCAUUAGCCUUUUGAAAUAAACCACUACAGUCAUUUUAUCAUCACUGCCUUCAAUUUAGAAAAAGGCCCGAUGUUCACCAGUAUCACUGACUUAAGGUAUCGUAAUAACUGACUGAAUAAUUGAACAAAUUAGCAAAUUUUUUUUUUGAUUUCCGAAAACUUUCCAGGUUUUGCAGAUGUGGACAGAUAUUAAGUGUUCUAUCCAGAGAAGCUACAGGUUGUGCUCAUUUGACCGCCUAUAAUAAUGUCUGUGUGGGUGCAUGAGGCCAGUAAAGCAGAUCAUUCCAUGUUACUGGUAAUAUGCCUAAAAGUGUACAUUAGUGAGUUUAAAUCUGUUGUGGAUGGACUGUCUGACGAUUGAUUAAAUAAACAACCUUGCUGUCCUAUUUCUUUUGUCUUAACUGACAAUUUUACCCAUUCAAAGUAUGCAUUGUAUAAUUUCUUUCUUUUUUUUUUCUGGUGCAGCAACUGACCUAUUAAAGGUUUCAAGUCUAUUUCAUUA